GUUUUCUCGCCGGGAACCUUUGAUUUUGAGCCCUGGUCUGGAUGUUUUUCCAACGAAAUGAGAGAUGACGGAGAAGAUGGGCAGAUAGACUGAUUGGGAAAAGCAGGAGAUAUUUGCUCGGAAAAUGACUAGAAAUGCUCGGCGGGUCUUCUGUUUUACGCCUGGUUGGUUUGUUAUGGUUUUCAUCCACAUGCGCUUUUACACAAGAUAGGACGGCAUACAGAGGCCAGUGGCGAAACUAUUUUCCUGCACGAAAUUCUGGGAGGAAUGCAUUAUACUCCCGAUAUCUUCGGAGGAAUAGUUCGUGGAAUCCGAAGGUGAAUUCGAUGGCAUUUUCCUACAUAAGGUCAAACAAGUGGAGCAAGACAAGGCGGCGACAAGACAUUUAUGACGGCUCAGAUUAUGACUGGGAUGGAUUUCCUGUGGAGGAUACCCCAACAUGGCCCCCUGAUUACAAUUCUUGGCCCCAAACAGUAACUCAAGCACCUUCCCAAGUAGUCGCACCACAGUUACCUCAGCAAGUACCUACCCAGCCUCCUCUUCAAGCACAACAAUUAGGCCCAUAUCGGGUACCCCCCUUAGUUACCAAUCCGAUUGGGGCACCUAAAGUAGUACCCCAGCCAAGGAUAUCGCUCUCAACAACCCAGACACAAUCAGUGGCUCCUCGAAUCAAUUCUUAUAAGGAUUCUAAGCCAUCCGUAAGUAUGGAAGUGCGUGAUGCAUUGAGGGUAUGUAGCCCCGGCCCACCUUUGGGUGUCAAUCCAUUGUUCAGGAACUGUCUCAUCAUUGGGGACUCAAUUUCUCUCGGAUAUCUCACAACGGUAAAAGGUCAACUCAAAGGUUUAUGUCAAGUUCAGCACGCGCCGUUUGCUAAGGGGUCUGGGGCUGUUGACUCCAGAUACGGCUUACAGUGCCUGUCCAUGAUGCUUAGUACCACGUCGCUGGAACCAACCCAUUACGAUGCAGUUGUUUUCAAUUUUGGAAUGCACGACAUCGAUUAUAGCAAGUUGUUUCCAGAGGAAUUCGUCCCACUAGAAGAAUAUGGCCAAAACCUCAGGAAAAUUAAAAAUAUCAUCCUUCAAAGAGGAGCUCAGGUAGCCUUUGCUCUCACAACGCCUGUUCCAAUCGCUGGACGGAGGAACAAAAGAGUCAUUGCGUACAACAAAGAGGCUGUAAGAAUCAUGGAAGAGGGCCCGAGAGUGGAUAUUAUAGAUCUUCAUGCUGCUGUCAUCAAAGUGUGUGGAGAGCCACCUUAUGAUACUUGCAGUAUCAUGAAACAACCUCGGGACGUGCACUUUAAUCCCAAAGGAAGUCACAUCCUUGGAGUCAGAGUUGGUGCUGCUUUUCGGAGCCUUUUAUCUAGAGCGAAACCCCGAGGCCAGCUCUCUCCUCCCAAAGCCCCAGAACUGUCGACGAGAGAAGGGCUAGCAAGUGCUUAUCUGCAUGAUGAUACUUCGUUUUGCCCGGAUAUGGUGACCAGAUGCCCGGCACGGACCACGUGUUGCGAGGACCUGCUCUCCUUGACUGGUUACGGAUGUUGUAUGGCGCCUGAUGCAGCACGUUGCCCAGAUAGUUGGCAUUGUUGCCCCAGGGGAUCCCAUUGCUCCACUAGUUGUAACUUCAGAUCGUGCAGAUGUAUUUUUCCCUUUGCGCAUCCUCUCUCGGGAAAACUAACAAAGGAAGGAGCGAGGAUCAAUGUGGAAUCAAAGUCUGAAUCGGGUAUACAUCCUGCAGGCAGUGAAGGCACGGCCCAGAAAGUAAAGGCGAAAAACUUGAUGUCUAUGGAAAGAAAGGGGAAGGAAAAUAAACUUAAAGCGAACCUUGAUAACAAUCAAACAAAACUGCAUAAAAAGGGUGAAGGAAAGUCCGAACACAUAGUUAAGCCGAAAGAGAGUAAAACUGAACGACUAAAGCAAAGGCGAAAGGAUAAGGCACGAAAAAAGACGAAGAAAAAUACAUCGAAACCACAUGAAAAUCGCUUGAGCGCCCACAAACUUAAGAAAUCAAGGAAGGUAAAAACAAUCCAGAAGAUUAGCAAAAAAGUUGUCAAGGCCCACCGAAAACAUCAAAAGACAAGAUUCCACCACAAAAAGAAACAACACUGGAUAAACGUAUUUCAGUAUGGAUUUGGCGCAUUGAAGAAGCACGAGCCUCACAUUACGUUUUCUCACACUUGGGGGAAACGAAAGCAUCAAAAAUUGUCAUUUAAAUCAAACAGACAUAACCACAAAAGGCCAAGAAUAGAUAUCUCAAUGACAGAAGAACUGAAGCAUCUCAUAGUUAAUCAUCGAAAGGAGAAGCUUCGUGCGAGAUUGAGGCUCCAUAGUGAUGCUUCUGAUAAAUAUUCGCAUGGAAGUGAAAAAAAUCGCCACAUUCAAAGGACUAAGUCAAAAAAAUUAAAGAGAUGGAGAGGAAAAAAAUUUAACCGAGUUAAAAUAAGGAGGAUUUUCACUCAGCCUAAGGCAAAGUAUCAUGAGAAACAUCGACACCAUGCAAGGACGCCUAUUUUACGUCAUAAGCUGAAAAAAGAUGGGAAACUCAGAAACUUUGCUAAACAAAAUGCCGAAGGUAACUCAAGGGACGGUCUCUUGAAGGGUACAUUACAUUCCCGCGAAUGGAAUACGUUGAAUGUUAAUCACUUGGACGAGAACACAUCUGCUCAUGGGGCCACAAGUUUCUCAGAAAGCGGAAAAUCAAAUGAUUCUAGGAUUUUAAUUCAAAAUGCUACGUUCAAAGAAAAAAUUCCCUUAGGAAGCUAUGGAGAAGAACAGGAUAUCAAACUAAAUUUGACUAACAAUAUAUGUAAUUCAAGUAGUGCUCAUGAAUCUGCAAGUAUAAAUGAAAAUGAACAUAACUAUUCAUUGAAUGUGCCACCUACCCAUAUCGCUCCUCAAUCUGACGAAGAUCCUCAAGGCUUUUCAGCAAUGCGCCUUCCAAAUGUGACCACCAACUGUACUGGAAAAAUCCCGGAUAAAGGAAAACCGAUACGAAAUUCAUUAACAAUAUUUAAAGCAUACCCAAAGCACAGUAGUAUUGAAGGAAGCGGACAAGAUGGUGACAGAGUGAGAGGCAGUGGGGACGUUGCAAAUAACGCAACAUCAAAUGAAGGACACUCGAAUAAAAGUAGUGUAAAGUACACCGCAAAUACGAGAAACGGCGGUGCUUUUUUAACGUCAGGUACGGGUAACAAAGUGUGGAUAGAUUCAAUCUCAGGUUUCGGUGCAAAUGGACUAGAGGCAGAUGGAUCUUUUCUUGGCUCCUCGAGUGGCUUAGAGGAAUCCAUUCCGAAUGGCGGUGACUUUGAUAGACCGGAGUUUGAUGCGUAUGGUGAAAGCUCAGGAGAUGAUCCGGAGAAAGUUAUAGCUGACGGCGGACUGCAACGGGCAGACGGAAUCAAAAGUUCUGAUAAAGCAAGUUCAUUUGGGAGCAAUUGGAACACGCCCAUUAUUUUAAGUGGCUCCAGUAAUGGGAACACUGUUGAAAACGGAGGACGUCGUGAAUUUGGAGGAGAAGCCGAAUAUGGCAUAGAAAGGGAUGUUGACAAGGUAAUAACCUUUUCUGGUGACAAGGAAGCUACUUAUUCCGGAAGUGCUUUUUAUAGUGGAACAAAUUCGUUUAACCAAAAUAAUAAAGCAAUGGCGAAUGAACAAGCCAUUAAACAAGACGGCGAGGAUUUCUUUUCAACAUCUACCAAAUAUGUUUUCCCUCAGACGACAGAAAAUGAUUGGUCCUCAGGAGAAGCUUUCAGUGGAUCUGAGCCAAGUAGUAGCCAUCAGUCUGGUACGUCCGGAUGGGAAAGCAGUGGCGAGGAUAGCUCUUACUCAGGACAUCGCCCUGUUGUUACCCGCGGAAUCUCGAGUGUCUCUGUCUCUGCACACCAAAGCGAGGUCGAUUUUGAUGGGAAAUACGAUGCCAGUGGGGUGGCCAAUGAGGAAGAAGUUACUCGGGGUAAGAAAAGUGAUAUCGGUGGUGCAGUGAAAAAUAAUCAAAAGAGCCUCGUUAAGACUGUGAGAGCAAAUCAUGAGACAAAUAGAAGUCGUACGUCAUGGAAAGAUGAGGAUCUUCAACAGCUGUUGUAUUGGUUGUCUACUAGUGAUGACGACAGCCAUUUUAAACAAACGCCAUCUUCAACAAAUCUGGGGCCUUUGCACUACGUUAAUCAAACAGAGUCUAGAUAUUCACAUAUGCGAAGACUUCAUGAAAUGCUGUUGCAAAAGGUUUUCCCAGAUUUCUCCAAAGGGAACGAGCAGCCGAACCUGGAAGAAAGUGAAGGUGAAGAAGAAGUAAACGUGAAGUGAAGAAUCUUCUCGUAAAGAAGUUUCAUUAAACCUUCGAGUGACAGCGUCGCGAAAGCCGAUCGUACUUUAAAGUUGUUCUAUCAGAGUUUCACAUUAAAGGUAAAAGUGAAUCAUUUAAGUAGUUCAACGGUUUGAAAGACGAAGAACGUGGGAAGU